AAAUCGCCGGAGAAGAUAAAGUCAUAAAAACACAGAGAGCGACUGAGCAGAGAGAGAAUGGAGAAGUACUUUGGGAACGCGUACAGGGGUGAUCCAGGAGUGCCACAUGCUGAUGCGGAUCGGUUUGUGAAUAUAUGGAUUGGUUCUGCUGCUUUCUCCGUCCUCACCUGGGUUAAUCCUUACAUGUGGCAGCUCUCCAACCAGUUCAAUUAUCAUGACAAGUGGAUGCUGUUUGAGCAGUACCACUGGAAAAAAGCAAGGGCAAAGAAUCAGCCUUACGAAUUCAAGUGGAAUAAGAUACCGAAAGAAGUCAGGGACUCGUAUUAUUACAACUGGCCUGUCUACUUCCCAUAGAAGUCUCUGUGUUGCUCCCCGGCUUGUGAAUCAGAAGAGAUGCCAAAUACUUGUAGAACUUCUGUGGAAUCUUGGCUCUAUCUCUUCUUUGUUCUGUUCUUUCUAGUGCGCUUUUGAGUUCUUUUUGUAAUGACCACUCACUCAACUCUUUUCUGUUUAAACUCCUCUGGUCAAAUCUCUUAUGCCAUUAUCGAAAAUUUGAAACUCACUCUUUUAAACUCA